AAGUCUGCGGAGCACCUCCCCAACCGCGAACGGCCGUAGACCACCACCCUUUUUCAGGCAGGGCAGGAGAGAAGCACCACAUAGAUGUUGGAUGACAGCAUGUGGAGAUGUGCUCUCUGAGGUGGCGGCAAACCCUUCACAGAUCGGCCCCUGUCUCGGAUUCAGAAGUGGAAGGACGGAGACCUAUCAGGUCUGUGGUCUGAUAUUACUGCCAGUGUUAGGGGCCUCAGAGCUCGCUCAGUUCGAGCUAAGUCGAAACUUCCAUUUGCCAGGUCUCGUCACCGCAGCAAUGCUACUCGCGCCCGUUGUGCUGUGGAAGACGGUCAGUACAGGAAGGCCCUUCAGUCCCUCACUUCCAUGGGGCUUGCCCUCCCAUCCUCCGAUGUUUUCAACGAUAUGAAGGCAAGAUAUCCCUGUGUCGAUCCUUCUACAAUCCCUGC